AUGAGAACGACUCUUGAUAAACUCUAUGUUGAAGCACUAAAUUACAAUGAAAUUGUGGAGCUUUCUAAUGAUGUUAAGUUGUUGAAGACAAUGUUGAAUGUCGGAGCUUGUUAUCCUAUGUUGGUGAAGGAAUUGGUGGUUAAGAAUGAUGGUAUUGUUCUUGGAUUGUUGGAUUUCAGUAGCAAGUUAUUUGCUAGGAAAGAUGUCCUUGACAUUAGUCUUCACAAUGUUUCUGUUAUUGAUGAAUCUGGUCUGCAAUCAGAAGUAACAUGUUGUUACAUCACUGGUUUUCUCUACCAUGUAGGAACUCAUGCUGUCUAG